UUCUUUAUUUUUUAUUUAUGAUUAAGGCCAUAAGUUUCUUAGUCCGGAAUUAGUUAUAAUAAUAAUUGUGUGCGAUAUUCUUUUGUUGCUUUUAAAGACCAGCGUUGCAAACAUUCCGUAUGCAAAUUUGUAACUUUAUUUGAAUGCUUAGGUUCAGUUGCCAAACCAAUAUUGUUUUCGAAUAUUUCUAUUUCCUGUCCAUUAUGUCUGUUGUUAAAAUUUUUCUUUUGGUACCACGCCAAUAGCUUAAUAUCCAUCCCUUAUCAUUCAUUCGCUGGUUAAAAUUUUUCCCUGUUCCUUUCGAAAUUCAUCUCAGCUAGUCUAAAACAAAUUUAAACAAAGUUGAAAUAAAUAGUAGGUUUUUGAACUUGCCUAAUGAAAUAAAAUACAUUUUAACUAUACCCCUCGUCCCACAAUCGCAUACCGUUGGCAACGUUUUAUUUUAUUUAUAUUUUGACUAAACAUACUGCACAACUAAAAGAUUAAUAAGUCGAAACAAUUUUAGCACCCCGAUACAUCCAUUGACAGCGCAGUGGUAGAUAACAUCCAUCUUCAGGUUCCCACUACCGCUAAGACACCAGCGCCAGCUCGCUCCAGUUUAAAACGUGCGCAUCAUUCUACGCCAGAACCAACUGGAAGGUUAUUGCUUGGAGAGAUGGUUGUUUCACCACAACUAGAAUCGCCGAUUCUCAAGCGUCUGCGUGCUGAAACACCAGCCAAGCGGCAAGAGAUACCAAGCCGAACUCCGAGUAGUAUCUCUGCAUCAGCUGUCGAGCAAAAAGAUGAUGAUGCAGCAAAUGAAAAAAAUAAGGAGGAAGUUCCUAAAAAGCGUGGACGUGGUCGCCCGCGUACCCGCUCUGAGACGACAGCUGAACCCAUGUUAAAUGAACCGCGAAAUAUAAGACCGACUACACGCGCGUCUUCUUCUAAACGUGCUCUCUCGGCCACCCGCUCCCGUUCUGCAACACGUACGCGCUCUAUCAGGCGUACAACCUCUGCUGCACAUACACGCUCUGUUACAAGUACAAGCUCUAUUAAAGGCGCUCCUUCGAAUACACGCACGGAUGGAGGCCAGCGUACGCGCACUGUAUCUGCCAUGCGUACAGUACCAAUUACACGCUCAGCGUCUGUGUCCCGCACGCGCUCAGGCGCUGUCACAGACGCCAUAUAUGCUACACGAACCGACGCCAACGCGCGCACCAAAUCUGCUUCACGCGCAAACAUUUCGACGAUCACUGUCGUAGCUGCCUCCAGUAGGGCGGAGGAUGCGCAGAAUAACACAUCAAAUACGAGCACGCGUGCUGACGCACACACAUCAUCCACUCUUGUAGCGGGAAAAAGCGUCACAGAUGAAGCAAAUAUCUCGACGACGCGCGAUGGUGUAAGCGAGAAGUCGCCGCAACCAACCGGAAUGAUGACACG